AUGUCGCUCGAAGCUCAAGUCGUCUCACCAAAAACGCUCAAAAUCGUAGUUCCCCCAACUCGCCACGAUAUUCUACACGCUUGCGAUUUUGCGGAAGAUGUUGGAGUGGCUUACGGUUAUAAUAAUCUAGUUUUGAGAUUACCUGAAAGUAAUACGGUGGCUGUCGCAUUUCCAAUCAAUAAAUUAUGCGAUAAUUUGAGAAUUGAAAUUGCGGCGGCUGGAUGGACUGAGGCUUUGAAUUUUGCACUUUGUAGUCGAGAUGAUAUUUCGGCGAAAUUGAGACAACCGAAAGCUUUGGAACACGCGGUUCAUAUUGGAAAUCCGAAGACUUUGGAAUUCCAGGUAACUAUUUUUGGGGGGAGUUAAAAAUUGUGAAAUUUUUUCCUAAAAAUUUCGAUUUUCUGUGCUUUUCCUAGCAUUAGAAAUUCGAAUUUUCUAAUAAAAUUCUUUGAAACAGUGAAAUUUUCCAAUAUCAAAAUUCCCAUUCAUACAUGUUUUACCCCUGGAUUUAUCCAGGGUUGCGGUCUUACUAACUCCGAAAAAAAUUUGAGGUCCUACUAACUUUUUUUUGAAAAUCGAUUUUUUUGAAAAUUUUUUUAAUUAGUUAUCAUCAUAAAGUUUUGAACAUGAAAUAAUUUUUCGAUUUCAAAAUUGCUCUAGAUUAUGUCACAAGGUACACUCUUACUCAUUAUCCAAAAUAAAUGCUUUUUCUGAAAGAUCUAGUGAGACCGCCGAACCAAAAACUCUCAAAAAUCUACUUUUUUCAUCAAUACACCACUUUUAUCAUCAUAAAGUGUUGAACGAAAUUUGGUUUUUGUAUCUGAAAAUCAUUCUAGGUUAUGUUACAAGGUCCCCUUUUAGGUAUUAUGCAAAAUAAAACCCCUUUCUAAGAAGUCUACUGAGACCGCCGGCCCAAAAACUAUCGAAAAUCUACUUUUUUCAUCAAUACACCACUUUUAUCAUCAUAAAGUGUUGAACCAAAAUUGAUUUUAGCAUCUGAAAAUCGUUCUAGGUUAUGCCACAAGGUCUAUUCUUAAUUAUUAUCCAGAAUAAAUGCCCUUUCUGAAAGGUCUACUGAGACCGCCGGCCCAAAAACUAUCAAAAAUCUACUUUUUUCAUCAAUACACCACUUCUAUCAUCAUAAAGUGUUAAACCAAAAUUGAUUUUAGCAUCUGAAAAUCGUUCUAGGUUAUGCCACAAGGUCUAUUCUUAAUUAUUAUCCAGAAUAAAUGCCCUUUCUGAAAGGUCUACUGAGACCGCCGGCCCAAAAACUAUCAAAAAUCUACUUUUUCAUCAAUACACCACUUCUAUCAUCAUAAAGUGUUAAACCAAAAUUGAUUUUAGCAUCUGAAAAUCGUUCUAGGUUAUGCCACAAGGUCUAUUCUUAAUUAUUAUCCAGAAUAAAUGCCCUUUCUGAAAGGUCUACUGAGACCGCCGGCCCAAAAACUAUCAAAAAUCUACUUUUUUCAUCAAUACACCACUUCUAUCAUCAUAAAGUGUUAAACCAAAAUUGAUUUUAGCAUCUGAAAAUCGUUCUAGGUUAUGCCACAAGGUCUAUUCUUAAUUAUUAUCCAGAAUAAAUGCCCUUUCUGAAAGGUCUACUGAGACCGCCGGGCACUUAUAUAAAAUUCUGGAUAAAAUCCAGGGUAACCCUGGAUAAAAUCCAGUGGUCUCAACUAUUUUCCCCAUGCAGCAUUAUUUAUCAAUUUCAUAGUUCAAUAUACCUCAAUAGGACCUUUAGACACACUUUGCAAAUUUUCAAGCGAAAAUAUUAAUUUUGACAUACUUUUCUAGGUUUUGAGUUUUCUGGUUAUAACCAAUUUUCAACAUUUUCGAAUGGAAAAAAGUAUUUUAUCGUAUUUAUUCAUUGAAGAUAAGCUUUUAUAUUGUUGUAUAAGGUCUAAAGAAUUCGUCAUUCAAUUUACAAUUCAAUCCAUGAUUUUCUUCUAUAUUUUUUUGAAUAAUUGAAUGUAAAAUACAAAAAUGUAAUUUACUGUUUGUGUUUUUUCUAUCUCUCAAACGCAUCCUAUUCAAAUGAGAAAAACAGCAUGCGGGUUAUGUGGGCACACAUAGCGCAGUGGUAGAGCGCUGAGUUAGGGACCCAAUGGUAGCUACGUAACCAUAGGGUUCGAGUUCACAUACUGGAAACGUGUUGCAAAAUUUUUCAAUUUUUUUCGAAAAAAAAAAUAAAAAAUUUUUUUAGUGUGGGAGGCUUUUGCCCCCACACUAACGGUCUUACUAACUUUGAAAAUUUUUAUUUGAGGUCUCGCUAACUGUAGGGAUCGAUCCAGGGAGAAAAACAUGUAUGUUCCCAUUUUAUUUUUUUUGACUACAGCUAUAUCAAGACUGAUAAUGGUAAUCUAACGUCUAUUUUUCAAGAUUAAAAUUAUUUGAAACAGUGAGAUUUUUUUUAGAAACAUAGGAAGUAUGAAAAAAAAUAAAAUUUUCUGAAAAUUUUGAAACAGUCAGAUUUUUUUUUAGAAUUAUAUUUCUAUUUAAAAUUAUUCCAAUAAAAAUGUUUGAAACAGUGAAAAAUUUUGUAGUAAUUUUUUUUUGAAUUUUUUUGUUUCAAUCGUAUUUUUAAAGUCUGUAUUGCACAAAGUAUGUUUCAAAAAAUGCAUAAAAAUUCCCAAUUUCCACAAAUUUUGAAACAGUGAGAUUUUCUAUAGUUUUUUUACAAUUGAAAAUCAAAGUUUUCUUUUUUUUUUUUUUUUUGAAAUGAAAAAAAAACAAUUCAAAAUUUCCACAAAUUUUGAAACAGUGAAUUUUUCUUUCAAUCAAAGUGUGGAUUAUUAUUGAAAUUUGUCGAAACAGUGAAAUUUUCUCCUACAAAAAAAUUAAUUAAAAAUUCCCGAAUUUUCCAGGUCGCCCGAACCUCACUUCUCCCAGGAUUAUUGAAAACGCUGGCUUCAAACCGAGAUAUGCCACUUCCAUUGAAACUUUUUGAAUUGCAAGAUGUUAUUGUCAAAGAUUCGACAACAGGUGAGGGAUUUUUGAGGAGGGAAUUUUGAGUUUUGAAAAUCGAAACCCGGAAAACGGAAAGUCGGAAAAUUUCCGGAUUUUUUGAGCCGGAAAUUUCGAUUUUCAGCCUUAAGUUGACACUAAAACUUAACUAUUUGAGACGUUUUACGAUCAAAAAAAUAGUAAAAUUUGAAAAAGUGAAAAAAAAUUCAAAAAUUUCCCUAAAUUUAGGCAAUAUUAAAAAUAUUACUACUAAAGAUCAUUUUCCGAGCACAUUUUUUUUAUUUUUGAGCUGAAUAUUCAUGAAAAUUCUUUUUUUUUUGCUCAUUCUUUUUUUCAAGAUCAAAAUUUUUUCCGAAAAUUCAAUUUAUUUAUGCUUUUUGAGUAAAUCGACCACGCUGAUCAUCAUCUGCAACUCAGUUUUUUCAUAAAAUGCCCAAGGUACGCAGUCAAAUUGAAUUUUUCUAGUGCUCAAAAAUCGUAUUUUUGAUACCAAAAUUUAUCUGCGUACCUAAAUUUCUAUUGGCCGAGUAUCAAAUGCCCAAGGUACGCAGUCAAAUUCAAUUUUUCUAGUUUGCUGUUCUGCUCAAAACAUACAUAAAAUGGGUCCCCUGAAUCGGGGUGAGGGGCUUAACUUUUUUUCAAAAAUUUGAAGAGAAGGGUGCCUAACUUGGCCAAUUUUCUGCUGAUAAUUUACCAAAAUUCGCUCAAAAAUGUGAGGCAGGUGUUUAACUUUGGAAAAUUUUCAAGAAGGGACCCUAACUUUAAAAACUGACUCGGGGGACCUAUUUUAUGUAUGGCUCAAAAAUCGUGAUUUUUGAUACCAAAAUUUGGCUGCGUACCUGACAUUCUAUUGGCUGAGUAUCUAAUGCCAAAGGUACGCAGCCAAAUUGAAUUUUUCUAGUUUGCUGUUAUGCUCAAAAAUCGUGUUUUUGAUACCAAAAUUUGGCUGCGUACCUGAAAUUUUAUUGGCUGAGUAUCAAAUGCCAAAGGUACGCAGCCAAAUUGAAUUUUUCUAGUUUGCUGUUAUGCUCAAAAAUCGUGUUUUUGAUACCAAAAUUUGGCUGCGUACCUGAAAUUCUAUUGGCUGAGUAUCAAAUGCUCAAGGUACGCAGCCAAAUUCAAUUUUUCUAGUUUGCUGUUCUGCUCCAAAAUCGUGAUUUUUGAUACCAAAAUUUGGCUGCGUACCUGAUAUUCUAUUAGUAACGCCUUUAGUCUAUCCUUCUGCGUUUUGCGUAACGCCUUUAGUCUAUCCUUCUGCGUUUUGCGUUACGCCUUUAGUCUAUCCUUCUGCGUUUUGCGUAACGCCUUUAGUCUAUCCUUCUGCGUUUUGCGUAACGCCUUUAGUCUAUCCUUCUGCGUUUUGCGUUACGCCUUUAGUCUAUCCUUCUGCGUUUUGCGUAACGCCUUUAGUCUAUCCUUCUGCGUUUUGCGUAACGCCUUUAGUCUAUCUUUCUGCGUUUUGCGUAACGCCUUUAGUCUAUUCUUCUGCGUUUUGCGUAACGCCUUUAGUCUAUCCUUCUGCGUUUUGCGUUACGCCUUUAGUCUAUCCUUCUGCGUUUUGCGUAACGCCUUUAGUCUAUCCUUCUGCGUUUUGCGUUACGCCUUUAGUCUAUCUUUCUGCGUUUUGCGUAACGCCUUUAGUCUAUCUUUCUGCGUUUUGCGUAACGCCUUUAGUCUAUCCUUCUGCGUUUUGCGUAACGCCUUUAGUCUAUCCUUCUGCGUUUUGCGUUACGCCUUUAGUCUAUCCUUCUGCGUUUUGCGUAACGCCUUUAGUCUAUCUUUCUGCGUUUUGCGUAACGCCUUUAGUCUAUCCUUCUGCGUUUUGCGUAACGCCUUUAGUCUAUCCUUCUGCGUUUUGCGUAACGCCUUUAGUCUAUCUUUCUGCGUUUUGCGUUACGCCUUUAGUCUAUCUUUCUGCGUUUUGCGUUACGCCUUUAGUCUAUCUUUCUGCGUUUUACCCUUGGAAAUGCGCGAUCAAAAAAUUAUUGAUGAUUAUUAUUUAACGUUUUUCUGAAACGUAAAAAAUCAGGGUUUUUUGUUGCGUGACCCAUAAAAAAUCCCGCUAUUUAAAGCCAAAAAUCAUCAAAUCUGGUCAUUUUAGAUUUCAUCUGAGCCACCUUCGGUUCCAGAAUCCAAAUCAAAAGAACAAGAAGAGCCGCACAAAGAGCACAGUGGAACAAAAAUCAAAGAGAAAAUAUCGGAUUUGAGUGUGAAGACACCAACAGCGGUGACUGCGAUCAAUUCGAAAACAUCGACAACGACUGAGAGUACGAUUACUCUGGAUGUUAAACAGGAUGCGUUUGGAACACUUGAUGUAAGAUUCGGUUGAAAAUUGAAGCUCAAAAAAGAAUAUAUAUAUGUGGCCGAGAAAUGUCGGGAAUUCGGCCACAUAUAUUUUUUGUUUGAAUUUUUUGAAAAGUUUCAAAAAAAUGCUCAUAAUCUCUGGGUGAAAACGAAUGAGUCAUAAUUUUACAGGAUGAAGAAUUUGAAAAAGCCGCCGCAAACAUUCCAAAUCAACUCAACGAUGAAGACGAAAAGGAUAUCCUCCGCCUUGCUCCAAAAAUCCUAAAAAUCGCCAAACGCCACAAGGCAAUGGAGAAAUGUCGAAGACAGCCGAAGAGAACGAAACGCUCGCCAAAUUCUUUUCGGGCAAAAAGUCGUUGACUCCCGAAGUUUUGGCGACACUCGAUGUUGGUCUCGAUAAAAUCAUUGAUCAUCUUCAUAAGAAUAAUUUGGCGAUUGAUGAGGAGACGAAACGAAUUAUUAAACAUCGCGAUAAAUUGAAGGCGGCGAUGAUGAAGGAGUUUUUGGUGUCUCCACAGUAUUUGCCGAAGAGUUGGACAGCUAAAUUUAAUCGUAAGUUUUGCAAACGUGCAAAAUUUCCUUGCUAGAAAGAUAAUUUUCAGAAUGGAAAAGUGAGGCUGAAAAUCAGAAAAAUGGUGUAAACUGGUUCCGAAUUCUAUUCGCCUAUCCAAAACAUAAAUCAUUUGAUGAUGGACCAGAAGACAUAUUUGGAAAUUUUAAUAAAAGAGAUCGAGGGCUUUUGAUUGGCCUUAUUCUUGGACCUGGAGAUGUCAAAUCAUUUGAGGAAACUAAACGGGAAGACGAUUGUCAGGGAAUGUUCCUUGAUACAAAAUUGAUUGAGCACGCUGGAAAUGAGCCGGAUUUGACGAGUGCAACGAAGACUUAUGUGAAUUUGGAGAAAAUGGAGAAGCAAGCGUCGGAGCCGAAAAUAUCGGCGAAUUUGAAUAAUAAUAAGGAGAAAGCGGAGAAUGAGAAGAAAAAAAGAGGAUAUGAAGGAUAA